UGCACGUUCAACUCACCCAAUUCAAUUCAUUCCAUGUGUAACAAGCCGAGCACUUCACAUCCAAGAAGUUCGUUUUGCCGAUGAGGGCCCCACUAAAGAUUUUGAAUGAGAAGCUUGCCGCAAGUCUAAAUCUCUCCCCGCCUCCCACUCCAUGCAAGGUUGUUCAGCAGGCAACAUUACCUAGCAGCAGGCCUCCUCCGAUCAACGUCAGAAGGGCUAGUUAUCGUCCUCAACUCGGUCUGACUCCAUCGCCAGCGAAUUGCCACUAGUCUCGUUUCUCUGACCCGCUCUCAGUCUCCCCACAUCUCAGCCCUCUUGCGGACCCCUUCAAUUCAACACGACUCCAGCGAAGCCCCGCAGCACAAGCGAGACAUCGUGAGAUUCCAAUCAUCACCUGCCCUGGUGGUCUAGCGGUAUGAUUCUUCCUUAGGGUUACUGAGAAAUCAAGACACCAU